GGCAGCUGUUUGAAGUGAUUGUCUUGCUAUGCAACAUGAAGGCUUACCCCCAGCUUUGGGCCUAAUUAGUUCACUUAAGGGCCCUUUAUAAAGACACUACUUGGACAGCGCAAGGGACACCAACUCAAUAAGGAGUCAGAAGAACAACAGGAGCGCUCUGGCAGCAGAUUCGGACCCUAAACAAAGCUAAACUGAGAAUGCCACACUUAUCCGACUGCGGCUACUACACAAUGCGGGAUGCGACCAGAGCUUCGAACGUACAGAACCAACUGGAGAACUCAAAGUUCCACCUCCAUCAGAGCCAGAGCCAGCAAGUCAAGCAGUACCUGACGCUAGGCUCCAAGUUGGCCUCGUCGACCGCGCAGGGACACGCGGUGCCUCACCCCCACGCACCCGGUCAACCGCUGGCCACCGUCCCCAUCAUGAGGAACGGACACAUGGCUUCAGUCAACGACGGUAGCAACCCUGAAAGUCCCGUCACCCUGAUGACAAUGGCUAACCACGAAAACGAGUUUCCGAUGGAUGAAGUGAUCGAUGACCUCAUCAGCCUCGAAUCGGGCUUCAAAGAUGGAGGCCUGGAUUGCAUGGAGUCUAACAUCCUAAUGCAAAACAAUGUGUCCCUCAGUAGCAGCAUGCUGGACGUGUAUGGGGGUGAACAAGGUACGAACCCUCCUAAUGGUGGACUGAGUCCCACAUCUAACCCCACAAAGCUCACAGUAAAAAGGGAAUACACAGAACACGACACACGAGUCAUGGCCAAGGAAAGACAGAAAAAAGACAACCAUAAUUUGAUCGAAAGACGACGACGAUACAACAUCAACUAUCGGAUUAAAGAGCUUGGGACGCUCAUACCCAAGUCAAAUGACCCCGACAUGCGCUGGAACAAAGGAACCAUCCUGAAGGCCUCGGUGGAGUACAUCAGGUGGCUGCAGAAGGAACAGCAGCACGCUCGCGAGUUGGAAAGUCGCCAGAAGAAGCUGGAGCAGGCCAACAGGCGGCUGAUACUCAGAAUUCAGGAACUUGAGAUCCAGGCUCGAGCACACGGCCUCCCUAACAUGGCGACCUCUUUGGGGACAACAGAUCUGUCCUCACACCUCCUCAAACAACAGCAAACAUCCCCUCAACCCCAGCAGCCCCCUCUCUACCAGGAAGACCCCAACGGUGAUUACUUACCCAGGAUCACGGUGGUCACCGGUGUCCAGUCUAUCCCGGCGUCGUCCGUCCCGCAGGACCACAUGGCGGGCGCCGACGGCUGCACCACCUUCUCCGACCCAUUGUCUCACUUCACCGAGAUUUUCAGCGCCACGCUCAAGGGAGAGCACCGACUGGACGAGAUCCUGAUGGACGACGCGCUGUCCCCAUUCGGGGCCGACCCGCUGCUGUCGUCCGGCUCGCCGCAAGCCGCGUCCAAGGACAGCAGCCGCCGCAGCAGCUUCAGCUCAGGGGAAGGCGACGACCUAUAAUGCAAAAAGCGUACAGGGUUAAAAGGGGCUUGAGACAUUUCAAAAGACUGACCGAGCCCCCUUUUUUGUAAAUAUUGUACAGUUUGAGGAGCUCCCAGACUUUCCAGAAAAAGAGCAAAAACAGACUCGUAUGAAAAAAAGGGAGAAACUUUCAUUUGGUCUUUUGUUUUUUUGCUAACACUGUAGUCGCUGUACACUGAAUUCUACUCCAAACAACUGCUGAAACCUGACGACACACUGUAAAAACUUUUUAUUUGAUAAAUUGUUUGAACUUGGCAUUAACCUUACUCUCAAUGCCUUCAAAAGAGCAUGCUAGCAUCUGGGCAGUUAGCUAAGGUGUUUAGCUCAGGUGUUUGUGCACUCCGCUACCACUGAUGUCCAGUUUACUAAAAAUGUUGCGUUCAAACUACAGUUUACUUAGAAUGUUAAACCGCUAACUUGUUUUUAUAACGUUUUCCAGAAAAACUAGCUAACCAGCACCACGCUAGCACCUGUGUAUUCAGCUGGGGUGUUUAGCUCAAGUGCCUCCUUGCAACUUUACUACUGAAGUCCAGUUUUCUUCAAAUGUUGAGUUCAAACUUCUUAACUAAGGAAUGUUAUGGCCUUAUUUUUUGGAGUUGACCAUCAAAACUAGCUAACCUGCAGCAUGCUAGCACCUGUGUAUUCAACCGGGGUGUUGAGCUCAACUGCCUGCUUGCCCCUUUACUACUGAAGUCCAGUUUUCUACAAAUGUUGAGUUCAAACUACUUAACUGAAGAAUGUCAUUGCCUUAUUUUUUGGAGUUGUCUAUCAAAACUAGCUAACCAGUAGCACACUAGCAUCUGUGUAUUCAGCCGGGGUGUUGAGCUCAAGUGUCUCCGUGCGGCUUUACCACUGAAAUCCAGUUUACCUCAAAUGUUGAGUUCAAACUGCUUAACUGAUGAAUUUUACUGUCUUAUUUUUCGCAGUUGUCCAUCAAAACUAACUAACCUGCAGCAUGCUAGCACCUGUGUAUUCAACCGGGAUGUUGAGUUCAAGUGCCUGCUUGCCCCUUUACUACUGAAGUCCAGUUUUCUUCAAAUGUUGAGUUCAAACUCCUUAACUGAAGAAUGUUAUGGCCUUAUUUUUUUUUAGUUGUCCAUCAAAACUAGCUAACCAGCAGCACGCUAGCACCUGUAUAUUCAGCCGGGGUGUUGAGCUCACGGGUCUCCAUGCCCCUUUACUACAUAAAUCCAGUUUACUUCAAAUGUUGAGUUCAAACUACUUAACAGAUGAAUGUUACCGUCUUAUUUUUCGCAGUUGUCCAUCAAAACUAGCUAACCAGCAGCACGUUAGCAUCUGGGCAGUUAGCCACGAUGUUUAGCUCAGGUGUCUGCUCACUCCGCUGCCACUGAAGUCCAUUUAUCUUAGAAUGUUAUCGUGUUAAAUUAUUUUUAGGCAGUUUUCAAACAAAACUGGCUAGCUGCAUGCCACCAUCUGGAUAGUCAGCAAGGGUGUUUAGCUCAGGUGUCUGUGCACUCCGCUACCAACUCCAGUUUACUUAAGAUGUUGAGUUUUAACUCAAUACUUGUUUUUUUGAGUUUUCCAUAAUUUUUUAACUUAAAACUUCAAGUUCAGCCAAUGUUUUUGUUUAUUUUAAACAGUGCACUGUUUUGUUUUUUAUACCCGAUGUGCCUUAUUCAGUUUAAUUCAAGUCUACAUCGCUAACACUGUGCCUUUUCCAUGUUUUUUGUAUUUAUACUUGCUUAAUCCAUGUAAUCAUAAAGUAUAUACAGUAUAUAUGAUCUAACAUGAUACUUUUUUAUUCUAAGUAGGGGUGGGGAAGACUAUAAUAAACCCCUUUUUUGAUAUGAUUGGCUUCCUGUCGUUAUCUGAUGCGCAAAUCGGUCUGCAAAAUUG